CAUGGUCGAGUUUGCGCACUUUAGAACGUGUCCACCAUUAUUAAUCACGUUGUUUCAUCAUAAACCGGCUCGUUUCAUUUUAAUCCAAUUUAGCCCUUUUCGAAGAUGGCACAAAGCAAAUUGAACGAUUUGGCCGGAAAAUUCGGCAAGGGGGGCCCACCGGGGUUAAAUUUGGGGUUGAAACUUUUAGCGUUCGGCGCCGCAACCGCUUAUGGAGUCUCGCAAUCGAUGUAUACAGUUGAAGGUGGACACCGAUCGAUUAUGUUCAAUAGAAUAGGAGGAGUCCAAAAUGAAAUUUACACCGAAGGAUUACACUUUCGAAUCCCUUGGUUUCAAUACCCCAUUAUUUAUGAUAUCCGAUCUCGCCCAAGGAAACUUGCAUCCCCUACAGGCUCAAAAGAUCUCCAAAUGGUUAAUAUUUCGCUUCGAGUUCUCUCAAGACCCGACGCCCAACAACUCCCUGAAAUGUAUCGCCAAUUAGGGCUCGAUUACGACGAAAAAGUGUUACCAUCAAUUUGUAAUGAAGUCUUAAAGUCGGUUGUUGCCAAAUUCAACGCCGCGCAAUUAAUAACUCAGAGACAACAAGUUUCUUUGUUGGUUAGAAGAGAAUUGGUGGAUCGAGCGAGGGAUUUUAACAUAAUUCUUGAUGAUGUCUCCAUUACUGAGUUAUCUUUUGGAAAGGAGUACACAGCAGCUGUUGAAUCGAAACAAGUAGCACAACAAGAAGCGCAAAGAGCCGCUUUUGUGGUUGAAAGAGCCAAACAAGAACGCCAACAAAAAAUUGUCCAAGCUGAGGGUGAAGCUGAAGCUGCUAAAAUGUUGGGGGAAGCUAUUGGGCGAAAUCCAGGGUAUUUAAAGCUAAGGAAAAUUCGGGCUGCUCAAAAUAUUUCUAGAACGAUUGCAAAUUCCCAAAACAAAGUUUAUUUAAGUGGAAACAGCUUGAUGUUGAAUAUUCAAGAUCCUGAGUUCGACGAACAAUCAGAAAAGCUUAAAAGUAACGAUCUUUACGAAAUAGCCCCCGGAAAAGAUGGUAAUAAACGAAAACGUACCCUUGGAAUCAUUUUUGAUGCCAGUAAAUUGAUCACUGGGAAUAAAUCGUAGAGAUAAUUAAUGGUCGAUUUAAAUCUGCAUUUAUAAACGAACGUUUUAGAUUUUGUUAUUCCAAAUAUAGAAAUUUUAUUGCA